AUGGGGAUACGCAUCCUAAAAUUUACCAACUUCAUAGAAAAUGCACUGUGCAUUUACCGGAACGUUUGCUUGUAUAGUGUGUGGAUGCAAGCUCUGAUUUCAUUGCGGGUGGUCACUGAGCUGGUGUUUAUAUUCGCUCAUAUCGUUACCCGCACUCAGUUCUUUUAUUCACACCCGCAAUGUAAUUCUGACAUCAUGUAUUUCUACUUGACGAGCGUCAAUUCCAUCGUGAUCAUUGUAUUCGGUUUUUGUUACACCAAGAGCUAUAGACAUCUCAUAAUCCAUUUGAAUUCCGGUUGCAAAUUCUUCGACAACGAUAAGAAUUAUCUAAAUAGUCUUAGAGCGAAGCAUCUUAUAGUGGUGGGCUGCGUGUUCGGGUUUUGUUUGAUAAAAGUUGUGGUAUUCGCUUAUGCUCAUUCCACUUGGGUGCUGAUCCCCGAUCUGCAUCUAAUUUGGUAUCGGCUAUUUCAAAUUAACAUGCUGAUGUCUGAUUUUCGGUAUAUAUUCGAGUAUUUGGUCCUGUACUGUGUUCUCCACGUGAUAGCUGAACAGCUGAAGUCCGUCACUCGGUCCAUUAACUGUGAUAGUGAAACAGGCAAUGAUAGCAACACUUUGAUCACGGAGGUCGACAGAUGGUCUGUCAUCUAUAAGCACGCGAGAGAAAGUGCUAAACUGUUUAAUUACAUAUUUGGUAUACAGUUGACUAUAAUGUUGGCCACUGCGAUGUUCUACUACAUCAUCUUUUUGUACACAAUGGCAUCGCAAAGUGUUGCUGGCCGCUCUACACUAAAGGACACGAUUGUGUACCUCACCACCCUGGCUCUGAUGCUGUGCAUACUGUACAUGCUGUCCCGCGCUGCGCAACGCAUGGAGAACAGCGCUGACGUGCUGCGGCGACGGCUGUGCAAACUGCUUGUACUGUCGCAGCCAAGUGACGACUACCACAAGGCCACGAAGGAUCUCCUGCGCAUGAUGUCCACGCGACCGAUCCGCGCGCGCGCAUUCGGCUGCAUCAACGUUGACAUGACUCUGCUACCCGCAUGCGUGUCUUUCUUCACCUCGUAUACUGUCAUUGCUUUGCAGUUUAACAAUGUUGUGUAG